CAGCAAACCGUGGGGCAAGUGAAAAUACAAGUGGCCACUGCGUCUUAGUCUCACCUGUGAAUGCAGCUGCCAACAUAGGCAAUUGGAUGCAACAUAGAACAACAGCAAGAGCAACAGAAAUAAUAAGACAACAGCUGAUUUGCCAUUGGCAAUUAGCCAAGUUAAGUCAAACUCGGUCUAAAAGAGGAGAAGCAAAAACUCAGUAACAGUUGUCUUGGUGUGUUUUUUAUAUAUCUGGGAAAUCUUACAAAUUUCCUUGUUUGUUUUUAAUCCAAAUUCAAGUGCUAUCAUCGUCUUGCUUAUUACAUACCUUGACAAUAUAAGUAUAUAGUUAUAUCUGUUUAUAAUAAAUCAACAAACAUGCAACGUCCGGUGCCGCACAUCUCCUCGAGCAUCAUGAGCCGCAUGUCGAUCUUUGAAAAUACGACAGCGCGAACGCAUUGCUUGGCUGAGAACGUAACUGGCACCAUGAUGUCCAUGUCCAGUUCGCCGCCAGCGACGCCCACGGGUGUCCAGACCGAUGCUGAGGGUCUCAUAUUGCCAAAGAAGCUGAUCAAUCCCUGCAUUGAGAAUACCGAUCGCAAGGAGCUGCAUCGCGAGCUCAAGUUCAAUGCGCGCAUUGGCAAGAGUGUGCUCAACCAGAAGACGGAACUGCAGCGCGCCUACGAGAAGCAAAAGGAGCGGCAUGCGGCGGCGGCAGCGGCGGCAGCAAUCGAACAGCAUUCGCCCGAAGCGGAGCUGGCCGGCCUCCAGGGCGAGCUGGGACGCGUGAUUAUGGAGCGUGCCCAGAAGGUUGGCGCGGCGGCUCAGAAACAGAACGCCGAGGAUGCCGAGGAGCGUCAAUAUGUCAAUCCCGAAUAUCUAAAUGUGCGCGCCAAGCUGCGCACGGCGCAUGCGCCCAAUUAAAACAAUUAAAAACAAAAACGAAAAACAAAUCUGUAAUCUUUGAAAAUCUAAUCUUUAGUUGUGACCCAACCAAAUUUCUGUUUAAUUAACUCGAAAGUUUUAUGUGUGUGUUACCCAUCAAAAAGUUCUUUUUAUUUAACUCGAAGAACGUUAAGGUUAAUAUUUUGAUAUUGAUAUUAUUAAUUGAUAGUUCAUAAGCACUAAGUUGAUGUCUAGUUUAUCUUUUGUUCUAUGUUAAUGACGAAAGUUUAUGAUAAUUAUUACUAUUAUUAUUAUUAUUAUUAUUAUGAUUUCUGCUGUGCGUGUAUAAAAAAUGUAUAAAGUUUUAGUUGUUUAAAGCAUUUCUUCUUCCAUAAAAGGUCUUACGAAUUGGCUGAAUGAGUGUCUGUAAGUUGUACGUUUAGGUAUUAGUCAUAGGAUGCGAUAUUGAUAUAUUGAUAUGAUAAACAGGGCAGUGGAGGAUUUUAGUAUCGUGUAAGCUGAACGAAUGUUUCGAUGUAAGCCAGAGAGUUAAAAUACUUACUAUAUAGUAUGUAUGUGUAUAUGAACUAUUUUAUGUCAAGCGACGUUUUCAAAUGAAAUUGUUGCAGUUGCAAAGAAAAAUUGAUAAAAACAACAAAAAG